AUGCUGGGGACUGUCCUGCUGCUGCUGGCCCUGGCUGAGCCGGCAUUCCCAAGCUCAGCCAGCGCCCGGAGGGCUGAGGCUCUGAAGAGGCUGCUGGAAGUCUUUGGCAUGGAAGACCCUCCACCACCCCCUGCUCACUUCAAACAGCCGCCCCAGUACAUGGUGGAUCUGUUCAACACCGUUGCCAACGCGGACGGUGUCACCAAGAACCCUGAUAUCCUGGAGGGCAACACGGUCCGCAGCUUCUUGGAUAAAACUCACGGCGAGAAGAUGCGGUUCCUCUUUGUCCUCUCCAGCGUGGCCAAGAAUGAGAAGAUCCUGACAGCAGAGCUGCACCUCUUCCGCCUCUGGCCGAGGGUCACGGACGGGCCCAAAAGGCACCACUUCUGCCAGGUCAGUGUUUACCAAGUGCUGGAGAGGAGUGACUUGGACGCCCCAGGAGGGAAGAAGCUGCUGGCAGCCAGGCUGGUCUCUCUGCAGGGCUCAGGCUGGGAGGUCUUUGCCAUCACGGAAGCUGUUCGCGACUGGACUGAAGAUGAAAGCAGCAACCAGGGUUUGCUGGUGACUGUCCAGGGCCUGGGUGGGAGCCCGCUCGACCCCCCCCCACUGCAGUUUGCAUCCAGCCAGGACCACCACGAGAGCAAGAAGCCCAUGUUGGUCCUGUUCACGGAUGACGGGCGCCGGGGAGCAUCCCUACCCGUGGCUGGCUUCCCAGAUUCACAACCUCAGGCUCCUCUCCCCGCCGAGCUGUCAGUGCCCAGGCAGGCCCGGCUGCGCAGCACACGCUCCCUGGACCGUCUCCAGCCCUGCCAGAGGCAUCCCUUGUCCGUGGACUUCGAGGAGAUCGGCUGGUCCGGCUGGAUCAUCUCACCACGAGGGUACAACGCCUACCACUGCAAGGGCUCCUGCCCCUUCCCGCUGGGUGAGAACAUGCGGCCCACAAACCACGCCACGGUGCAGUCCAUCAUCAACGCCCUCAAGCUGAGCGAGGGUGUCAGCAGCCCCUGCUGUGUGCCUGACAAGCUCUACUCCAUCAACCUGCUCUACUUCGACGAUGACGAGAACGUGGUGCUCAAGCAGUACGAUGGCAUGGUGGCCGGCAGCUGCGGCUGCCACUGA